UAUAAAUUGCGAGCUAAUAUCUGUCCUUUCCUCCAGCCAUACCUGAAAGUACAAUAAUAGACUUGGCUGGAACCUGCAGCCUGAUUAAAUAAAUAGUAUUGUCUAUCUCCCGAAUUGCUCUACCAGCAGUAACCCAACUACCCUUUCGUCCGGCACAAAUAGAUCGUAUCAGAUGCGACGAAAGUUUUUCCCGUUUUAUUAAGAGUCCCGAGACACAUAACCUUGUUAACUCUGUGCAGUGUUUGUUCGCAGUUAAAUAGUGAUCGUAAUUGGAAAAGUAUGGAGGGCCAACAAUUUUGUUUACGGUGGCACAAUUUUCAAAACACAUUAUUGAGUUCGCUGCCUAAACUGCUCGAUGGUGGUUACUUAACGGAUGUCACACUGAGCGCCGGUGGUAGACACAUACACGCACAUAAAAUUAUUCUAUCAGCUUGUAGUUAUUAUUUUAAAGAAUUGUUUAAGGAUUUAAGUUCUUUGCAACAUCCUGUAAUUGUAUUGCCAGGCAUGGAAUAUGCAAAUUUAUGUGCAUUAGUCACAUUUAUGUAUAAUGGUGAAGUGAAUAUUUAUCAAGAACAAUUACCUGCACUUUUGGCUAUGGCAGAUACUCUACAUAUCCGUGGCCUAGCUGACAUCGCCGGGAAAAAUUCAAGACACGACAAUGGUUUAUAUGUUCAGACUCCGCCGACGCAAUUACAAGAAAAAACGUUACCCGAAGCACCGAUAAAGAAAGAAAGUAAAGAUAGUGUCACGAGCGGAGAGUCUUUAGAAACAGUUUUGGCGACUGAAGUAACGGAAAGUACAGAAGAACCGUUCAAUGAUCAAGAAAGUAUACCUUAUUGCGUGAAGACCAAGCCCUAUUACUCUAUUAACGCAAAGUUAAAUCAGAGAGAAAAAGUCAGUAUUCCUUCUGUUAACGUUUCGUCCAAUAAGUAUGCGGAGCAAGGGUAUUCGGACAGUGGAAUGGACGAAAGUACACCAAUAUCGGAAGAUCAAAUUACUCCAGUGGAAGACACAAAACCACCGCCCGUUUGGGAUGCAAAUUUCAAAUUUCUUACCAGCUCCGUGAGCGGCAGAAAUCCGCAAAAUUACAAUAAAUCUAGUGUCACUUGCCUUAUCUGUGGGAAACAAUUAAGUAAUCAAUAUAAUUUGCGGGUACACAUGGAAACUCAUAGUAAUAGUUCAUAUAGUUGUACGGCCUGUUCACACGUAUCAAGAUCGCGAGAUGCGCUCCGGAAACACGUUUCUUACAGACAUCCGGUAGCCUCGCCACAAAAACGUUCACGAUACAGUACACCGAAACCAUAGGAGUUAUUAUUCACAUAGACGAUUAUCUUGGUUCAAUUCAUGCCCUUUCAGGAUACCUAAUUUGUUUAAAAAAAAUUCAUGUUACGCUAUUCGACUUUUUCAAAAUUUUAGUACUUCGUUAACUUAAAAACUAAUGAUCAAAAUUUUAAUUUAAAUUUUUUUUCAUUAUUUAUUGUUGAAAUAACUUUUUUGUUCGAGAAAAGGUCGAAUCAUUAUGAAAGUAUUUUGAUUUUUAUUAUUAAGUUAUUAAUGUGCUUCCUUAUCUAAGUUACACCUUCCGCGUAAUUACAUUUCAGUCACAUUAUCGCAAUUUAGUUUGAAAAAUGUCUGAUAUAGUGUUUAAGUACAAUGAAUUGAAAAAAAAAAAAGAAAAAAAAAACAAAGCAAUAUAAAGACUCCCCCCCGAUUUAUAUAAUCCCUCAACUGUUUCCAUGGAAAAGGUAAACUGUUGCUGUUGAAUAUAAAAAGUUGAAUAUUUUAUUAAACGAGUGAAUUUAGGAGGCGACUUGAACAUAAAAAAAAACUUAUGUACCUCAUCUUCUUUUUAAGAGACAUUCAGUACUAGACUGAUUAAGAAUUAAGGCAAGUUAUAGUAACACCCAAUUAUUUUGUUUUUAAAUGUACAAAUAACUUAAAAAGUGUGAUCACGUUCCUCGAGACCCUUAGUGUUCGAAUUGUUACUGUUUUUCUUGUUAUUGUUACGCUGUUUCAAUAAAGACAGAGUAGACAAAUUUUUUCGUUUUGAUUUUUUUUUUCACAAAUUAUUCUUU